AUGGGAGGCGCCGCCUUACCUGUCAGGCUGCUCGCCGCGGAGGAUGACGUGUGUGCUGCCGCUGGCCGGCAGCCUAUCAGAGAGGCCGCCAGACUGCCGCUGCGCUGCCGAGCCUGCCGUAAAGAGGAGGACCGGGCUGAAGGAAGGCGCGUGAUUCGCUCUCAGGAGAUGGAGAUGAGAGACGAAAAGCUUCUUGCAGAACUUAUCAGGAAGGUUAAUAUGAGCAAAAAUAAUUUCAAGAAGUGGGUGAAGUCUGCAAAUACCACAACAUAUGCUAGUUUUGUGGCCACUCAGGAAAUAGUCAAGCACAGGAAGCCCUUCACCGAUGGAGAGUAUAUAAAAGAAGCAUUCAUUAAUAUCUCGGAACAUCUAUACAUGGACGUCAAAAACAAAAAUGAAAUUGUGCAGAAAAUCAAAAACAUGCCACUCUCUGCGAAGACUGUCAAAGACAGAACCCUAAAAAUGGCAGAAAACAUUAGCAAACAGCAAAUUCAAGACAUUAAUUCAGUUAUGGCAUACUCCAUUGCCUGUGAUGAGUCCAAAGAUAUUGGUGAUAUUGAACAAAUAGCGCUGUUCUGCCGAUAUGUGAACUCUUUUGGGCCACAGGAAGAACUGAUUGAGCUGAUACCACUAAAAGACCAAACAAGGGGUGAGGAUAUCUGUAAGGCUGUCCUGGACUUUUUAACUGCUAAAAAAAUAAACACUAACCUCCUGGUCUCAGUAGCUACUGAUGGGGCACCGAGCAUGAGAGGAGCACAGAAGGGCUUUGUGGCUCUACUGCAGAAGGCGUUGGGUAGAAGGCUGCUGUCACUUCAUUGCAUCCUGCACCAAGAGGCAUUGUGUGCUCAAACAUUUCCGCCGGAAUGCACAAAAGUGAUGGAUAUGGUCAUUCAGAUUGUAAAUAAGAUAAUGGCAAAGGGUUUAAACCACCGCCAGUUCCGUUUGUUAUUGGAUGAGGUCGAAAGCAAAUAUUCUGACCUCCUGCUCCACAACAAGGUCCGGUGGCUGUCCAGAGGCGAGGUGCUAAAACGCUUUGUCACAUGUUUGGAAGAAGUAAAAACCUUCCUGGACAGCAAAGAGCUCACCUUUGCUGAGCUGGAACAGCCAGAGUGGCUGGAAAAAUUACAUUUUAUGGUAGACAUGACAGCACAUCUAAACACGCUAAAUACAACCCUUCAGGGGAAAGGAGGCACAGCCCUGCAUAUGCUGGAGGAGGUUUUGGCAUUCGAGCGCAAGUUGACAGUGUUUGUCAAAGAUUUACAGAGAGGCACACUGUCUCACUUUCCCUCUUUGAGAGAGUUCAAACAAAGUCAUGAUACAAUCAAUUUGGAAUAUUUCAAGUCUGCAAUCACCGCAAUGCAAAGUUCAUUUGGGAAACGAUUCUGUGAGUUCAGAGAGGAAAAAACCACAUUAUCCUUCCCUGUCACUCCCCUGGAGAUCGAUCCAUCCCUAUUGAAUAUGACUGCAUUUACAGGUGUAAAUCAACCUGAUCUUGAGAUGGAAUUGGCCGAUAUAGCCGACAAAGAUCUAUGGGUGUCCAAGUUCAAAUGCUUGACCGCUACUCUUGAGGAUGUUGCCCGUCAGAAGGCCAUUCUGGCUCAGAAUCAUAAAUGGACUGAUAUUGAAAACCUUCCCAAACAGGACAAACUUGUAUUCGAAACAUGGAAUGCCAUCCCCAACACUUAUAUAAACAUGAAAAAGUAUGCAUUUGGAGUGCUGUCGAUCUUCGGCUCCACAUAUGUAUGUGAGCAGGUCUUCUCCAACAUGAACUAUAUUAAAAACAAACAUCGAUCACGCCUCACAGAUGACAGCUUGCAAGCCUGUGUGAAAAUGAAGGUGACGUCUUACAGCCCUGAUGUGCAGACACUGUGCACUGAGGUUCAGGAGCAAAAAUCCCAUUAA